AAAGGAAAAUCAUCAGUAAUUGGAUAGCCGUUGCGCCUUCGGCUGCUUCUCGCUUCCUUUGUGGCUGAAAAACGAAGCAGACACUACCUCCAAAUUUCCCAGCAAUUAUUUGACAGCCCCACGAACACUGCCGGCUAAGAUGGCGGCAGUCGCCGACUAUUGCCGCCUGAAUUUUGUUUUGUCCUCAAGUAUUCCUUGCCGCCCUUCUAUCUUCAGUAGCCCCGGUUGCUUGAGCUUAAAGGAGUUUGGAGUUCCAGUCUGUCGGAGAAAAUGUUUGGGUACGUGCAAAGUCAGUGUUUUGCGCGCGAAAUCACGUCGUAGUUCGGGGGCGCGCUGCCAGGCUACUGGCACUGAUGUUCAUCCCAGACACGCUCCUUCGGAUUCGGAACUAGAAAUCGCCGCUCGUGUAGGAAAAGAUCGCCUCUUGAAGGUACACCCCUCAAAUCUUAGGAAUUUCAGCAUUAUAGCUCAUAUUGAUCAUGGAAAAUCCACGCUGGCAGAUAAACUACUGCAGAUGACUGGCACAGUGGAGAGAAGAGAAAUGAAGGAACAGUUUCUUGAUAAUAUGGACCUGGAGAGAGAAAGGGGCAUCACCAUCAAGCUGCAGGCUGCACGGAUGCGCUUUAUGUACAACAAUGAACCAUAUUGCCUGAAUCUUAUUGAUACCCCAGGUCAUGUUGAUUUCUCCUAUGAGGUUUCUCGGUCUCUUGCUGCAUGUGAGGGUGCUCUUCUUGUUGUAGAUGCAUCCCAGGGAGUGGAGGCCCAAACAUUGGCUAAUGUCUAUUUGGCCCUGGAAAACAAUCUCGAGAUAAUUCCUGUUCUUAACAAAAUUGAUCUUCCAGGUGCUGAGCCAGAACGUGUUUGUCGGGAGAUAGAAGAGGUUGUUGGUCUUGAUUGUAGCAAUGCAAUAUACUGCUCAGCAAAGGAAGGAAUAGGCAUCCAUGAAAUCCUAUGUGCAAUUGUUCAAAAGAUCCCCCCACCUCAGGAUACUGCAGAUAAGCCCUUGAGGGCUCUCAUAUUUGAUAGUUACUAUGAUGCCUACCGAGGUGUCAUUGUAUAUUUUCGACUUAUUGAUGGAACUCUAAAAAAAGGUGACAGGAUCAUUUUUAUGGCCAGUGGAAAGGACUAUUAUGCUGAUGAGGUUGGUGUUUUAUCUCCCAACCAAUUGCAGGUUGACGAGUUAUUUUCCGGAGAGGUGGGUUAUCUUUCAGCUUCUAUAAGAUCUGUUGCAGAUGCUAGGGUUGGCGAUACGAUAACACAUUUCAGUAGAAGGGCAGAAGAAUCACUUCCAGGAUACAAAGAGGCUACUCCAAUGGUUUUCUGUGGCUUGUUUCCUGUUGAUGCUGACCAAUUUCCCGAGUUGCGUGAUGCUUUAGAGAAACUGCAGCUUAAUGAUGCUGCUCUAAAGUUUGAACCAGAGACCUCAAGUGCCAUGGGGUUCGGCUUUAGAUGUGGCUUUCUUGGUCUUCUUCAUAUGGAAAUCGUUCAGGAAAGACUGGAACGAGAGUACAAUUUGAACCUGAUAAUUACAGCCCCAAGCGUUGUUUAUCGUGUAAAUUGUGCAAACGGUGAUACUGUUGAGUGUUCGAAUCCAUCCUUACUUCCUGAACCUGGAAACAGAAGGUCAAUUGAAGAACCAUUUGUUAAGAUUGAAAUACUCACUCCAAAAGAUUAUAUUGGAGCACUUAUGGAGCUUGCUCAGGAACGUAGAGGAGAAUUCAAGGAAAUUAAAUACAUCACUGAGGAUAGAGCAUCACUCUUAUAUGAGUUACCGCUGGCUGAGAUGGUGGGUGACUUCUUUGAUCAGCUGAAGUCCAGGAGUAAAGGCUAUGCCAGUAUGGAGUACUCCUUCAUUGGGUAUAGAGAAAGCGACCUAGUGAAGCUCGACAUUCAAAUUAAUGGGGAUCCAGUGGAGCCUCUUUCGACUAUUGUACAUAAAGACAAGGCUUAUCCUGUUGGAAGGGCUUUGACUCAAAAACUGAAGGAACUAAUACCAAGACAGAUGUUUAAAGUACCAAUCCAGGCUUGCAUAGGCUCAAAAGUGAUUGCCAGUGAAGCUUUAUCUGCUAUCAGGAAAGAUGUUCUUGCGAAAUGCUAUGGUGGGGACAUCUCGCGGAAAAAGAAGCUUUUACGCAAACAGGCGGAAGGAAAGAAAAGAAUGAAAGCAAUUGGAAAGGUAGAUGUACCCCAAGAAGCAUUCAUGGCUGUGCUCAAACUCGAAAAGGAAGUUCUAUGAUUUGCAAAUGCGCAUACACCACCGGAAGAAGUCGUCAUCAUCGGAAGUGAUUUUCGACUAUACCAGAAACAACAGGAGUGGUUUCAUAAAGGAAUUGACACCCAAUGAGCCAAUGAUGGACAUGAAAUAUGAAAGAAGUUAGUACAUUCAAGCCAUCACUAUUCACUUGCCAAAACUAUGUACACUUUGGAUUUAUGUAUCUCAAAUGUAUAUUGAAUUGAUCCAACUGAUUGAUCUAAACCUAUUUUUUUGCUGGUUUAUCUUUUGUUUUUUCAGUUGGGAUUCAGAUUUAUGUUUUGAUUUUGAGUUUUAGUUUGAACCAUUGUUUAAAUGUAAUAUUCUGAAUAGCUGUAUUUAUUUUUUAUUUUAGAAAUUCCAAAUAAAUACUAAUUCUCAUUAA